AUGUCGAAGGUAAUGCGAAGCGUCAAAAACGUGACCAAGGGUUACUCCAGUGUCCAGGUCAAGGUCAGAGAAGCAACCAGUAACGAUCCAUGGGGUCCUACCGGAACCCAGAUGAGCGAGAUUGCUCAGCUCACGUACAACACAUCUACCGAGUUCUAUGAAAUCAUGGACAUGCUCGACAAGCGUUUGAACGACAAGGGAAAAAACUGGAGGCACGUUUUGAAAGCCCUCAAGGUGCUCGACUACUGUCUGCACGAGGGCUCCGAGCUUGUCGUGACGUGGGCGAGACAGAGUAUCUACAUCAUCAAGACAUUGCGCGAGUUCCAAUACAUCGAUGAAGAUGGCAGAGACGUUGGUCAAAACGUACGUGUUGCCGCCAAGGAACUUACGUCACUCAUUCUGGAUGAAGAGAGGCUUCGAGCCGAAAGGAGCGAUCGCAAGUCAUGGAAGUCCCGCGUCACAGGGCUAGAAGAAUUCGCUCCUCAGCACACCAGCCCUACUCAGCCGCGUGUCCGCCGCCGUAUGAGCAACGAGGACGAUACCGAAUACAGACUCGCUAUUGAGGCUAGCAAGCACCAGGAGGAAGAGGACCGCCGAAAACGAGCCGGCCGUGGCGCCAACGAAACCGAGGACGAUGACCUAGCUAAGGCGAUCAAACUUAGCAAAGAGGAGGACGAACGGCGCAGACGAGAGAUGGAAGACAACAACGCCUCGCUCCUCUUUGAUGACACCCCCGUUCAGUCAACGCAACCACAGUACACUGGAUUUAACCAAGGCUACCAGCAAGGAAGCGCUGUAGACUUCUUCGCCAAUCCCAUCGACCAGAACCAACUUCAGACGCAGCCCACCGGUUACAUGAACAAUGCGUACACCGGAUACCAACAGCCGCAGGCGACAGGGUUCCAGAAUGGCUACGGCGGCAACGGUUUCGGCUUGGGCAUGGACCCGUACGGACAGCAACAGGGCAUGCAAGGCUUCCAGCCGCAGCCAACGGGCUACAACCCUUACGCUCAGCAAAAUGUUACGCCUCAGGAGACAGCCUCGCAGCCAGGAAGCAAUAAUCCGUGGUCGACCGGUUCGAUGAAGGCGGGCAACCCAAUGAAACCAAUGCAAACGGGUUCCAACAAUCCAUUCGCGUCUUCAUUUGGCCGCCCUCAGACGCAAUCUUCUAUGCCCCCCUUGCCAGAACAGAAGACACUCUCAGCUUUCAGCCAGCCUAGCUUCGCUCAGCAGCAGCAGCAACAACAGCAGCCGCUGCCUCAGCAACCUCAACAACCUCAACUGACAGCGCAGCCAUCCUUCGGAACUCCGCAGAAGGAGCUCACAGACCACGAAGCCAAGCUGAACGCCCUGCUUGCUGGGGGAGACGGUAUGGACACAUACGGCAACACCGGCCAGACACGUAUUCCCGCGCAGCACACUGCACCUGGGACCUUUGUCAACAGCGCCGGCUCCGGUGCCCAGCGACUCACUGCAGAGGCAACUGGAAGCAACCCGUUCCUCCGAUCACAAUUCACAGGCAUGCCCAGCAUGUCAUAUGGGCAGCAAAUGCCGGCUGCCACAGGUCCCGCAGGUAUCAAUGGCAGUAACAAUCCAUUUGCGGUUGGAAGGCCACAGCAGCAAAACACCCAGCCGCAGGACCUCAUUCAGUUCUAG